AAACAAAAACUUAAAAAAAUGCGAAGGCACCUAAAAUGGAAAAUUCCCUGUAUAAGUGGUUUUUAAAACAACGGGAAAAUCAUGUCCCAGUUAGUGGCGAAGUACUUAAACAGAGAGCGAGACUGUUAAAUGAAAAAAUGAAAGAAACUGAAAAUUUCGUAGCUAGUGAUGGCUGGCUAGAACGAUUCAAAACAAGAUAUGGAAUUCGACUGCUGUCUAUAUCCGGUGAAAAAUUAUCAGCCCAACCACAAUUAGUGCAACCAUUCAAAGAAAAAUUGAUGAAAACAAUUACCGAGCUAGAUUUAAGAAUGGAACAAAUUUACAACGCAGAUGUAAGUGGCCUUUAUUGGAAAAUGUUACCAGAGAAAACCUAUACUGCAUCAUUUGAAAAAUCUGCCCCGGGAAGAAAGCCGGAGAACCAGCGAAUAACGUUUCUAGCCUGCACUAAUGCUAAUGGUUCACACAAAAUAAAGCCACUGUCUGACAACGGGCAACUGGAUAUUUCAGGAGAAGGAGUAGAAAAUGUCAUGACCACCGAUUUAACUUUCGGUUACGCGUUGACGAAUGAAGCACCUCCUGAUAGUAUGUCAUCUUCAAAUUUUAUUUAA